AUGCCAGCCGAGAUUCGCCUUAUGAUCUGGAAAUAUGCUGUCGAGGAUAGCCGGGAGGAAAAGUUCUGUUGCGCCUGUCCAAACCAGAAGAAAGCUCGGAAGAAUCCACGCAUACGCGAAGAUCCCAUCCGCACCCCAAGGCUGGUAUUGCGUUUGGUCUGUAAGCAAUUGGCGUCGGAGAUGAUAUUCAUCACUCCCGAGGCCACCUGGGCCAAGUUCUGCAACAUCAAGUGUCUUCGAGCCUGGGCUCAGAAUGCUAGCACAGCAGCGUUCAAUAGACUGGCCGCGGUCGAGCUGCAGUGCCGGGAAGGGUCGCCACUCUGGGCCAACCGCUGGACUGGUGGCAAUCUCGAGAGAUAUUCUUCCAAGAAGCUAGAAAGGCACAUGCGUGAGUUGCAAACCGUGAUUGGGGAUAUUGUGAAGGUGCGUGAGUCCCAGGUGAUGCGCAAAGGCAGUCCUCUGUGGGUCUACGGCUUCUACAAGAUCAUGAAAUCGACUAUCGGUUUCACGUUGUGGACAACUGCGAGCCCGAACGACCAGAUGGCCCGACUUCCAGAAUGA